AAGUAAAAAACUGAACCAGGGCCCGUGGUACGUGCUACUACCCCCUAUGUGGGGGAAUAACUAGUACUGAGUCCCAACUUGUUAUAUGUUUGAAGCCUAUGGGCGGGGCUUCAGGUACAUAUAAGACGACUAGGUGCCCAGUCAUGAACACAAUCGAAGAGGCAAAUGCUUACGCGGUUUGCUGAAUCCUAAAUCAUCAGCUUUCCUAGCUCUACUCGUUUUUUCACCAAUAGUACGAGGUCGAAAGUAUCAAACCCCGGGGGACCAUCGUAGGGACUUUAUCGCGUAUAUAAAAACUUAAAAGUAGUUGAAAAAUUCCAAGAAAAUGGCAACAGUUGCGGACGACGCCGGCUCAAUCUCCACCCUCCCUUCUGGUUGGGAGGAGAGUCAGCUGUGGCACAUGUCCUCGUGGACAACGAACGACGCAGUGUACAACGAGGUGGCGCUGCCGUUGAUUUUCAACUGCGUGAUCGACCACCGCAUAGUGCAGCGGUUGCGGGAGAUCAAGCAGCUCGCCCUGGUGGAGUACGUGUACAAGGACGCGACGCACAGCCGGUUCGCGCACAGCAUCGGCGUGGGGUACCUGAUGUGCGCGUUUCUGCGGGAGUUUGACCAGGAGCAGUUCACCGCGCUGGUCAAGUUCAACCGCGUGAAGGAGGGCAAGAUCAAGGACCCCUGGGUGCUGGCCGUCCGGGAGAACCUGCGGCUGAACGACAAGGACCGCAUCUGCCUGAUCGUGGCGGCGCUGUGCCACGAUUUGGGGCACGCCCCGUUCUCCCACAUGUUCGAGGUGUUCCGCCGGGAAAACGGGGACGACCCCACCUGGUCGCACGAGACGGCCUCCAAGCUGCUGGUGCAGGCGGUCUGGGAGGACGUGAAGGACGUGAUGAAGGAGGAGUAUUGGAAGUUCUGCGAGGACCACGAGCCGCUGAUCCCCGUGCUAUGAGAGUGCAUAACUCCCCCUCGUCCCCCUGAUUCGUCAUGCAAAAUGCCAAGAAAUCCCCGCUUGCUCUUUGGCACCAAACGCAUGACAAGUUCUCGAUGCCCAAACCGCACUCCAGUCCGUACGUGGAUUUGUCAUGCGACAGCCACAUUUGUGCCAUUGCUUGUGAUGCCGAUUAUGCUAUACAAAUGAGGGGGAGGCGAGGGAGUAGUUGUGCACUCUCAUACGUGCUGGACUGGAACGAGAAGGACCUGCUGUACAUCCAGGAGCUGAUCGACGUUCCGGGGAAAAAGGAGCUGCAGGAAGCGCUGCGGACCGGGCGGCUGCACGAGGAGUGGGGCAAGCACAUCCAGUCCCGCCCGAUCGAGUACGCCUGGACGUUUGAGUUGCUGUCCAACUGGCGGGGCGGGUUGGAUGUGGAUAGACUGGACUACUUCCUGCGGGACACCUACCACGCCAAGGUGUCCUGUCCGAUCUGCUGGAACCGGGUCAAGAGUUCGAUCCGCGUGGUGGCGCACCAGGAGGCCGCGUGCCCCGGAUCCACCAGCGGAACGAGGAGCGAGGGGGACGAGGAGGGGGAGGAGAAUAAUCAUUCCGAGAAUUAUGUUGAGCAACGGAUUGAUACUAACAAGAAUCCCAACGCUUCUACAACUACCGCUGCGAAGAUGAAGGCGAAGCUGACGCCACGGCAGAUCGAGCAAAAAGCGCGAGAGCGGCGGCGCGACACGUACGUCCUCACCGCCGCCUUUCCGUCCAAGGACCGCGACUCGGCCGUGUUCGACUUUCGCAGUCGCGUGUACCAGAGCAUGUACCUCCACCCCGUGGUGGUCCGCAUGGAGCGGUGCAAGCUGCGGGAGAUGCAGCUGUUGAAAACCCACAGCAAGGCGGCUUUCCAGAAACUGCUGCGCUUUUCGGAUUUGACCGAAGAAAACUUCAGCGUCGACAACUACCUGCGGUUGACGGACUCGUUCGUGAAGGAAAUGAUUGCGGAUGAUGACGAAGCUAGCAAGUUCCACGACCAGGUGGUGCAAAAACGCGCGAAGGAGACCCUGAUCGACGUCGGCAGCUACGUGUGGGAGCCACGAGGUAGUGUUAACAGCUCUACCUUUGCGGGAUCCGCGUUUGGGUCGCAGAUUUUCCAAAGCAAGGCGAGAAAGGAGGAGGUGAAGCGGGAGCUGCACGAUUUCCUGGUGACGAAUUUGCCCAACAUCGACUGGAACGCCUGGAUUGAGAGCCUGCGUGGCACUAGUAGGAGUGUACGGUUCAAUCGGGCUGACUACAAACUCUCCCCUAGCGCGGAGAAGAUCCUCCGAGACCACAUGACGGAGUCGCUGCAGGAGGGUUCGUUGAGCUGUUUGUACGUGAACGACGAGGUCUUUCACAACGGCAACGGCGAGCGGGAUCCGCGGUUGUAUCUGGCGUGGUACGACAAGAAGGUGGAACCCGCUUUCGAGCCCAACUCCAGCGGCGACGGUGGCGGGCAACCGCACGUGAAGAACCAGAUCCGGCUGUUGUGGUUUUGCCCACCGAAAGCGCCGGAGUUUGGCGAAACGGAGCGCGAAGUCGUGGUGCGCCGGAUGCAAGCGCUGUUGGCGCAGUACCAGGCGAAGCCGUUCGGCUGGCGCUCGGUUCCGUCGGUGAGCCAGCAGGAUCCGCUGGAUGGGGCCCAGGAUCAUCCGCAGGCGGUGCUGGAAAACAGCGUGUCGCGCAACGGGUUGCCCUCUACGCAGGACGGCCCGGAGAUGCAGCUUCCGCGGAACACGUCCCAGGACUCGCUGGACCAUCCGCGGUCUUCCAACGCACGCGGGUCCAGGGUGCUGCAGCCGAGCGAUCGGGCUGCGGGCGAAAGUUUGCGUGCGUGGCAAGAACAAAGCGGCGCGUCUUCGCCAGUUGGGGGCGCUAGGAAACGGUCCAAUGCUGAGGAGAGCCACGGGGGUGAUCGGUCCCCAAAAGUAGCGCGCCGAUAGUGGAGACCUUCGCCUCACGGUAACGUAGCUUUGCAGCAGCGCGUGUUUCUUUACGUAUUUUACUUACCCUAUGCCUAUGACGCAAACUCAUAAGACUUGAUCAGUUGUUGGCCUGCUGAUCUUUCAACCCGUUUCGUGUUACUUAAUUCUCUCUACCCAUGCAAAUCGACCGAGUUUUCCUAUCGUAGAUAUUUUUUGCUGUUGCGUCAGCGCGUUUGACGGGGGGCAGAAUGGCAAGUGUGUCAGGAUACCUGAUUUUUCGAGGUGGUUUGGCUUUGAACAUUAUAAUGGGUAAGUACGUUUGCCAAGAGUACUGUACAAAUUCAUUGUUUGAAAUUGAAGGAGAGAGACCACCACGUAUGUCUCUCAUGUACAAGCAGAUACGUUAGUCGUACUCGUACUAUGGCGACAGCGAAGCAAGUUGUGGCAAAGGCUUCAAGUAGUAUUUUGGGAAAUAUAUCCUGUUUCUUUCACCGUGUAUUUUGAUUGGAGCGACGCAUGAAUAACCCAUACCAUAGUUUCUCACCAACAUCAAUGCCACACUGGAUCUGGACGGGGCCUGGGGCUUCAUGAUAUCGAAAAUUCAC